AUGCCAAAGACAUCCAAUAAUGAUCCAGCUCUUAUUCCAGAAAAUGUAUCUUCUAAUCAAUUAUCAUAUUUUGUUGAAUUAGGACCAUGUCAACCUAAUCCUUUAGAAUUAGAAGAUAAAGUAUUUCCAAAAACUUUUGAAAAAAAUGGUAAAUUUCGCUCAUUUCAUGCAAGUUAUUAUUACAAAACAGUACUAAAUCAAGCUCCUUGUAAACGCUGGUGGUUGUCUUAUUCUCUUUCAAAAAAUAAAAUAUUCUGUAUUUCAUGCAAGUUGUUUGGGUUGCCAAAGGCAAAGAAAACUAAUAUUGUUUCAAAUGGUUCUGGAGAUUGGAAAAAUAUUAGUAGAAUUAUAGAAAACCAUGAAAUACUCCCAGAUCAUUUGCAUUCUGAAAUUAGUAGGAGCCUCUUCUCAAAAAACCUUAGAUUAGAUUUAAAGCUACCCUUGGUGCUUUCUGCGAAUCGGCAAGUAGCUGAAAAUCGGCAAGUAGUUAAAAUCAUUAUUGAUGCAAUUAUAUAUACAGCACGGCAAAACAUAGCUUUGAGGGGCCAUGAUGAAAGUAGAAAAUCACUUAAUAAAGGAAUUUUUUUGGAAUUAGUUGAUUUAUUAGCAAACUACCAUGCACCAUUACAAAUGAUGUACUAA